AGAGAGAGAGAGAGAGAGAGGUCUCUUUAAAUACUCAACGUGCUCGCUUCUAAACCAGGAUGUGGGUGUGGCCUGUUUCAUAACGUCAAUCGUCGGCAAGGCGUGACUAAGCAAUUCCAACCACUUCAGGAAAACAAAUGGAGAUGAUGGCGUCCUGACGUCUUCGGCAGAGUUUUGUUAUCCAGCACUGAAGGAUGCAGAAAUGUGUUAGCCGGCGGGCCGUUACAGCGAGUUUUCUUCCGAUUUCAUGAUAUUGAGCACUGUUUUCAUUCGAGCUAUUAGACGUGUCCGUCAGAAUGAGUGAUCCGGCUGUAAAGAGGGUGGUGAGUGAUAUCAUUCGCUCUCCAGAAGACAAGCGGGAGUAUCGAGGACUUGAGUUUACAAAUGGGCUGAAAGCCGUUCUCAUCAGUGACCCCACCACUGACAAAGCAUCAGCCGCGCUGGAUGUCCAUAUCGGUUCUUUGUCAGAUCCCGAGAACAUUUCAGGACUGGCCCACUUCUGUGAGCACAUGCUGUUUCUGGGAACCGAGAAGUACCCCAAAGAGAACGAGUACAGCCAGUUUUUGAGCGAGCACGCCGGCAGCUCCAAUGCCUUCACCAGUGGAGAGCACACCAAUUACUACUUUGAUGUAUCCCAUGAGCAUCUACAAGGGGCUUUGGACAGAUUUGCCCAGUUCUUUCUCUGUCCACUGUUUGAUGAGAGCUGUAAGGACCGAGAGGUGAACGCAGUGGAUUCAGAACAUGAGAAGAAUCUCAUGAAUGACGCAUGGCGGCUGUUUCAGUUGGAGAAAGCCACUGGGAACCCUAAACAUCCCUUUAGCAAGUUUGGCACUGGCAAUAAGUUAACCCUCGAGACAAGGCCAUCUCAACAGGGCAUUGAUAUCCGUGAGGAGCUGCUCAAGUUUCACUCCACCUACUAUUCCUCCAACCUUAUGGGGUUGUGUGUGCUGGGCAGAGAGUCGCUAGAUGAUUUGACAUCUAUGGUGGUGAAGCUUUUUGGAGAGGUCGAGAACAAGAAUGUCCCUGUCCCAGAAUUCCCAUCACACCCUUUCCAGGAAGAACACCUGAGGCAAUUUUAUAAAGUCGUGCCUAUCAAGGACAUUAGAAACUUGUAUGUGACCUUCCCUAUCCCAGACCUGCAGAAGUACUACAAAUCAAAUCCAGGUCAUUAUCUGGGCCAUCUGAUUGGACAUGAGGGUCCAGGGAGUCUUCUGUCGGAGCUCAAAGCUAAAGGAUGGGUAAACACGUUAGUCGGAGGCCAGAAAGAAGGAGCAAAAGGAUUCAUGUCCUUCAUUAUUAAUGUGGACUUGACAGAAGAGGGGCUGUUGCAUGUCGAGGAUAUCAUCUUCCACAUGUUCCAGUAUAUUCAGAAGCUGCGGACAGAGGGCCCUCAAGAGUGGGUCUUUCAGGAGUGUAAGGAUUUGAACACUGUGGCUUUCAGAUUUAAGGAUAAGGAACGUCCUCGUGGAUACACGUCUAAAGUGACUGGACUACUGCAUUACUAUCCGCUGGAGGAAGUCUUGGCUGCUGAAUACUUGCUGGAGGAGUUCAGGCCAGACUUGAUCGAGAUGGUGCUUGAUAAACUGAGACCAGAGAAUGUCAGGGUCGCUGUUGUCUCUAAAUCAUUUGAAGGGCAGACAGACCGGACUGAGGAGUGGUACGGCACGCAGUACAAACAGGAAGCUAUUACUGAUGAUGCUAUUAAGAAAUGGCAAAAUGCAGACCUCAAUGGAAAGUUCAAACUGCCAAUGAAGAAUGAAUUCAUUCCGACAAACUUUGAGAUUUAUCCUCUAGAAAAGGAUUCCCCAUCUGUCCCCACUCUGAUAAAGGACACAGCAAUGAGCAAAGUUUGGUUCAAACAGGAUGACAAAUUUUUCCUACCCAAGGCUUGUUUAAACUUUGAGUUUUUCAGUCGCUACCUAUAUGCAGACCCGGUGCACUGCAACAUGACUUACCUGUUUCUCAGGUUGUUGAAGGAUGAUUUGAGAGAGUAUACAUAUGCAGCCCGCCUGGCAGGGUUGGUCUAUGGCAUAGCCUCAGGAAUGAAUGCCAUCCUUCUGUCAGUCAAGGGUUAUAAUGACAAACAACACAUCCUGCUGAAGAAGAUCAUCGAGAAAAUGGCCACGUUUGAGGUCGAUGAGAAGCGCUUUGAUAUCAUUAAGGAAGCGUACAUGAGGUCUCUGAAUAACUUCCGCGCUGAGCAGCCUCACCAGCACGCCAUGUAUUACCUGCGGCUGCUCAUGACUGAGGUGGCCUGGACCAAAGACGAGCUCCGAGAUGCUUUAGAUGAUGUGACGUUACCUCGUCUGAAGGCGUUCAUACCGCAGCUGUUGUCACGGUUACACAUUGAAGCCCUGCUGCAUGGCAACAUCACCAAACAGUCUGCUCUGGGCAUGAUGCAAAUGUUGGAGGACACUCUCAUUGAGCAUGCUCACACUAAACCCCUCCUGCCGAGUCAGCUCAUUCGCUACAGGGAAGUGCAGGUACCUGACGGUGGCUGGUAUGUUUACCAGCAGAGGAAUGAUGUUCAUAACAACUGUGGAAUCGAGAUUUACUAUCAGACUGACAUGCAGAACACCCAUGAGAACAUGCUGCUGGAGCUCUUCUGUCAAAUCAUCUCUGAGCCAUGCUUCAACACGCUACGUACCAAAGAACAGCUGGGUUACAUUGUGUUCAGCGGCCCCCGCAGGGCCAAUGGAGUGCAGGGACUGCGUUUCAUCAUCCAGUCUGAAAAAGCUCCUCACUACCUGGAGUCUCGGGUGGAGGCCUUCCUCAAGACGAUGGAGAAGAGUGUGGAGGAGAUGGGAGAGGAAGCGUUUCAGAAACACAUCCAGGCACUGGCUAUUCGCCGUCUUGACAAACCCAAGAAGCUGGCAGCCGAAUGCGCCAAGUACUGGGGAGAAAUCAUCUCCCAACAGUACAACUUCGACAGGGAUAACAUUGAAGUGGCUUACCUGAAGACACUGACAAAGGAACAUAUUAUGCAGUUUUACAGGGACUUGUUGGCCAUUGAUGCCCCCAGAAGACACAAAGUGUCUGUGCAUGUGCUGUCUAGAGAGAUGGACUCCUGUCCAUUGGUUGGAGAGUUUCCUGCUCAAAAUGAUGUCAAUCUGCCUCCUGCCCCUUCACUUCCUCAGCCAUCAUUGGUUCAGGAUAUGACUGAAUUCAAAAGGAGUCUGCCGCUGUUCCCUCUCACCAAACCUCACAUCAAUUUCAUGGCUGCCAAACUGUGACCAGCAUCAUGGGAUUGUCAGAGACACCCAAAUAUGGAGCCAGUAACACCGUUGUGUGUGUGUGUGUGUGUGUGUGCGUGUAAGCUGGCAAGGCCACAACGGAGCCGCUUGCAGCAUUUUUAGUUGUGCUCUGCGUCAGACAUGCACACCUGACAUCUCAUAGAUACAUAGAAAACAUACAAUGAUUGUUUCACGUUGCUUCUGUCAGGAAAUUUGUAUCCCUAUAUAAUAUAGGAAUCACUCGCUGGCCACGAUGACACUUUCUCAUUGUUCGGUUUCAUUUUAAAAUGCUGUUUCAUUUCAUUUACACCACUGUUAAGCAAAACCACGGAAACCGUUUGGAGAGGCUGUUGUGUAAUUUAUCAAGAUAAGUCUCUCUUGAAAUGAAAUAACUGGCCUUAAGAUGAUUUUAAUCGGUGAUCAGGUUUUCUGGUUUUCACCUUUUUUAAAGUUUUAUUUAAUCGAUUUGCUUUGAGUUGUUUUUCGUUUCUGUGCAUGUCGGCAGAGUUUUAUCUUUAAGGAUAGUGUUGUAAAUGCAAGGUGGUUAACUUGAUGGACUUUGAUUUUAUUUGCGGUUGAAGAAAUAUAAUAAACAAUUUUAAUAUCA